AUGUUCGAAUUCCGUGGAAUUAAAACACAGAUCAAUAUUCACUCAUGUCGUGUUUGUCUCGAAAUUGUGUACGAUGAUUGUGUAUCAUUUAAACAAAAUAAUGAUCUGUCACAACUUUUCGAGUUUUGUAUUGGAAUCUCAGUUAGCCCUGAAGAUGUAUUACAAAUACUUUGCAAUAAAUGUAUUAAAAUUAUUAGAGAAUUUGCAAAUUUUAAAAGACAAUGUCAUGCUGCAGAUGAGCUUUGGAAGUCUCAGUUGCAUCAAGAUACCGGUGAUGUUCAGCAGCGUCAAAGGAAGAAGAAAGGAAAUGGCUUGUACCGCAAUUAUCAAAUCGAUUUAACUGAUGCUUUGAUUAAGGGUGUAAAAAAAGAGGAAAACCACGAGGACCUUGCUGUAGAUGCUACAUAUUUGUCUCAAGAUGAAAAUGAAUGUGACAUCCAAGAUGAUAAUAUUUAUGAUACAUAUAUCAACAAAAAUGAAUACCAAUUAAAAGCAAAUGCCUGCUUAAAAACGGAAGAUAAGCAGCUUAAACGAAAUCCUCAAAAACAACAAAGAAAUAGUAAUAUCAAUGGCAAAUAUUGGCGGUUAGAUGUCAAUGAAAGUGACAAUGAAAGCCAUGACAAAGAAGGUUUAAUAAAAGUUCUAGAAUGUAGUAAAUGUAAGAAACAAUACCGUAAGUAUAUUUACUGA